AUGUUCGGCACCGGCUGCCCCACAGGCGGCGGCCAGGGCGUCGGCGUCGGCGCCGUCGACGGCACCCCCAUCUUCGGCUUCUCCGAGUGGGGGCUCGACCUCGCCGACCUCGACGUGCCCCUCAGCGAGGACGAGAUCGCCGCCGGCCUCGAACCCCCGACCGAGGUGGAAAAGUUUUGCGUCGAGGAGAUGAAGCUCGGCGGCGGUCCUCCCGGCUACAAGGUCCGCGUGCCCGCCGUCACGGUGGGCGGCGUGGCGGCCCUAGAGGAGGGGAGCGCGUUGAGGAUCUCGAUCGAGACGACGAUUGGUGGUGAGGUGGGAGGCGGCAACGAAAUCGUCCUCCUCCCCGCCGACAUCACCGACGGCGCCUUCGAGGCCCUCAUCGAGAACCCUUCCGAAGUCUGGUCCGAGUGCAUCGCCGACGACGGCGUCGUGCCCCUCAUCGGCGUCAAGACGUCCCUCUCCCUCUUCCGCGAGGGCGACGAGGCCACCGCCGGUACCGUCGGCGCCGAGGACGACUCUGCCGUCACUGUGCACUUUGCCGCCGUCUGGGAGGAGUGCUAA